AUGGCCAGGCAGCAGGAGAAUGCAAAGAGUCUCAGUGAAGGUGCAGUGGAGGUGAUCGAAAACCCUGCAGCAGUUCCACCCUCAUUACAGAAUGAGAGAACAAGUAUAAAAGAAGGGAAAGAAGAACCAGAAAGCUCUAGGUCCUGCUUCAGAGAGCUGAAGUGUCCACAUUAUGUCUGUCAUAUGAUAUCAACAAAAGUGUCCAGUCAAAAAGUGAUUCGAGCUUUGUGUGUCCUGGGGUUACUUGGAGGCAUCAUUGUUAGCCUGUGGUUUAUUGUCAAACUGCUCUUAAAUCCUACCUCAACUAGUCAUACAGGGUUAGAGGAGACCGAGGAGACCUCAUUCUGUAACAUAUCAGAGGACACUUCAGUGAGUGACCCCAGGAAAGUGUUUUACAGGAUCAGUGCUGAGAACUCUUUGCUUGAGAUCCAGCUGAAGAAGAGACCAACGUGGCUGCCGGUUUGCUACGAGCACUGGAACUCUUCAUUAGGCACCCUGGUGUGUCAACAGCUGGGCUAUCUGAGAUUAACCAAGCACAAAGGGGUCAAUCUGACGGACAUUGGGCCAAGAUAUAAAGAUGGAUUUGUUCAAAUUACCUCAGAACACCAAGGAAAUCUGGAAAGCUUAUGGCAGUUCAGGGAAAGUUGCAGCACAGGGAAGAUUAUAGCUUUAAAAUGUUUUGACUGUGGCACCAGGACAACAUUAUCCAGAAUAGUUGGUGGUGUGGAGGCCACACCAGGUAAAUGGCCCUGGCAAGUUAGCCUCUAUUACAGCAAUCGCCAUUCCUGUGGAGGAUCAAUCAUUACGAGCCAGUGGAUUAUUACAGCUGCUCACUGUGUCCAGUACUACAGGCUGCGUCAGAUCUCCAGUUGGGUGGUUUAUGCCGGAAUUGUUACUCGUAAUGCAGCAAAGCUGGCGCAGCAGACGGGCCACUCUGUGGAGAAAAUCAUCUACAACAAGAACUAUAAUCACAGAGAUCAUGACAGUGAUAUUGCACUGAUGAAGCUAAGGACAGCUUUAAAUUUUUCAGACACCAUAAGGCCAGUGUGCCUACCAAAAUACGCCCAUGAGCUUCCCGGAGGAACACUUUGUUGGAUUUCUGGCUGGGGAUACACACAACCAGAUGAUGUUCAUAUUCCUGACACGCUAAAAGAAGCUCCAGUGCCAUUGAUAAGCACAAAGAAAUGCAACAGCUCAUGUAUGUAUAAUGGAGAAAUCACACAGCGGAUGCUUUGUGCUGGCUAUACAGAGGGCAAAGUCGAUGCCUGCCAGGGAGACAGUGGAGGUCCACUGGUUUGCCAGGCUGAUAACGUUUGGAGGCUGUUUGGAGUUGUCAGCUGGGGUACAGGCUGUGCAGAACCCAAUCAUCCUGGUGUAUACACUAAAGUGGCUGAGUUUUUAAGCUGGAUUUAUGAAGUAAUUGAGACCUACUAAGAGAUGGCAUGAAAAACAAGUGACUGUCUUCUGAGCUUCUAAUCUUGUUGGACUUUAUACAUAUUUUCUGAGCUUUGUUAAU